ACAUUUUCCAACAUGAACUUGCAUUGUUGAACACCCUCUUAGAGCACCAAAGACAUGAACACUUCAAUUCAAGCUUAGUCUUUGACUAAAACACAGCCACCCCAUUAUUUUCUUUUCAAAGAAUUCAACAGCAAAAUUGUUUCUUUUUCAUUAAUUUUAAAAGGGUCCUUUUGAGUUGCCAAAAGGGUAAACCUUGGUUCAACCUUACGCUAGUUUCAUCUGGAUUGGAGCAUAGCGAGAGUGAAGAGUAGAAUAAGAACAAGGUUGUUGCAUCCAACAUCAUCAUCUUCGAUGCCGUUUAACAUAUAUCAUGACAAACAUGGAUUGCCAAGAAUUAUUUUAACUGAACCUAAGGGUUCUUCAGCUGAGGUGCUUCUGUACGGAGGACAAGUUGUUUCUUGGAAGAAUGAAAGGAAGGAAGAGCUACUUUUUAUGAGCAGCAAGGGAAAUUGGAAACAGCCUAAAGCAAUCAGAGGAGGCAUAUCAUCAUGCUUUCUAAGGUUUGGUGAUCUUGGUUCACUUGAACAAUAUGGAUUCACAAGAAACAGAAUGUGGUCAUUGGAUAGAGACCCUUCACCUUUACCACCAUCAGACAAUCAAUCAUCAGUUGACUUGAUACUCAAGUCAACCGGAGUUGACUUGAAGACGCCUCGCAGUUUUGAGUUCCGGCUUCGCAUCUCUAUCAGUCCUGGAAAGUUGAUUCUGAUCCCAAGAGUCAGAAACACUGAUAACAAAGCAUUCUCAUUCACAUUUGCACUAUGCAACUAUCUAUCAGUAUCAGAUAUCAGUGAAGUGAGAAUUGAGGGAUUGGAGACACUUGAUUACUUUGACAAUCUGAUGAACAGAUCAAGGUUCACAGAACAAGCAGAUGCAAUUACAUUUGAUGGAGAGAUUGACAGGGUGUACUUGCGCAGCCCUUCAAAAAUUGCAAUCAUAGACCAUGAGAAGAAGAGAACUUUUGUACUUCAGAAGAAUGCAAUGCCUGAUGCAGUUGUAUGGAAUCCAUGGGACAGAAAAGGCAAGACUCUACCUGAUUUAGGAGUUGAUGAUUACAAGUUCAUGAUAUGUAUGAACUCUGCAGCCAUUGAGAACCCUAUUGUCUUGAAGCCUUCUGAAGAGUGGAAAGGGUAUCAAGAGAUCUCUACUGUUUCAUCUAGCUACUGCAGUGGACAAUUAGACCCUCUUAAGGUUCUUUAUGGCCUUCACUGAUCUAGUUUUAAUGCAAGUCAAAAUGCUCAUUUUUAUUUACAUGGUCUCUAGGAUCCUAAUUAGGUGUACAUAAAAUAGAAAGUGCAUGAAUAUUAUUAUAUCAUGCUGAGGCCACAACAAAUAAUGAGCCUGAGUUUUAUCAGCAUCAUUAAACAUUAUUAAUUAUAAUUAUUCAGCUCUACUGUGUAAUAACUGAGAGAUGUCAUUGACAAUUGUUAAGAGUACUAUCCAUUUUUGUUAUGUCAGUUUUGUAUUCAA